AUGUCUAAAGUCAAGUACAUAGCUGAAGGAGGAUCAUCAAACAGACCACCACUUUUUGAUGGAUCAAACUACUACUUCUGGAAAGGCAAGAUGGAACUCUUUCUCAGAUCUCAAGACAAUGAUAUGUGGACAGUCAUCACAGAUGGAGACUUUGUUCCAACAACCAAAGAAGGAGCUGUCACAGAAAAGAGUGCAUGGUCAACAGAUGAAAAAGCUCAGGCCAAAGAUUUAAAAUCUAUGAACCUGGAAGAUCUCAUUGGUUCACUGAGAGCUCAUGAAGUUGUAAUUCAAGGAGACAAACCAGUGAAGAAGGUAAAAACACUUUCCUUGAAAGCAUCUCAGCAAAGUUCAUCAGUUGCUGAUGAUGAUAUGCAAGAACCACAAGAAUUAGAAGAAGUUCAUGAAGAAGCUGAAGAUGAACUUGCAUUAAUCUCUAAAAGAAUUCAAAGAAUGAUGUUGAGAAGAAAUCAGAUCAGAAAGAAGUUUCCAAAUACCAACACUAGCACCAAAACUGAAGCUGACAAAAGUCAAGUCACUUGCUUUGGAUGCAACAAAACUGGACACUACAAAACUGAAUGUCCUAACAUCAAGAAGGUUCAAAGAAAACCUCCCUUCAAGAAAAAGGCAAUGAUCACUUGGGAUGACAUGGAAGAAUCAGAUCCUCAAGAAGAUGCAGAUACAGACAUGGGACUGAUGGCUCAGUCAGAUGAUGAGGAAGAGGAAAACACACUUUUGAAAAAGGAAGUUGAAACAUUGAAAAAGGAUCUGACAGGGUUUAUAAAAUCUAGAGAAACUUUUCAAAACAUAGUAGGAUCUCAAAAUGAAAGUGCUAAGAAAUCUGGCUUAGGCUUUAAGGAUCCAAGCAGAAUUAUUGAAAGUUUUGUACCUAAGGCUAAGAUGAGAAUUAGAUGUUAUUUCUGUGAUAAGUAUGGACAUGAUGAAUCAGUAUGCCAUGUUAAGAAAAAACCUAUCAAACAAAAUAAUUUCAAUCUUAGUUCAGAACGUUCUCAUCUCAAUAGAUCAGAAAGUUCACAAAAGGCUGGAAAGGCUAAGAAGACAUGUUUCUACUCUAACAAAUCUGAUCAUAAAAGACAGCAUGAUACUUUUAGAAAAGAUCUAUUAGAAGAACUAAUCUUCAAGGACCCAACAUUACAUGGACCAAGACCUACCAGAUGUUCAACAAGGUUGAAGAAACCUUUGAAGAAACCAAAGGUAUCUCACGUGAAUCUAGAUUCUGAUGAAGAAAAGGAAGAUUCAAGUGAUGAUGAAGACUCUGAGGAUGAGACAGAAGAAGAGGAAGAAGACUCUGAACAAACUCUCUCUAACGUAAUGAAGUUAGUGAAAGCUUCCUCUAAGAAGGAUAAGGAACUUACAAAGAAAAUCCUCCAAAGGAGAAAGGAGAUUGCUACUGAAGCUAUGCCCUUAUCUGAAGAAAAGACUUCAGAGGAAGAAGAUGAAAGUGAGGAGGAAGGAUCUGAAGAAACAACUCAGGAAGAAGAAGAAGAAGAGAAAGCUUCUUCCAAAACGUAUGGCAAAGGAAAAGACAUCGCCAAGGUUUCUGCUGUCAUAAGGGCUCAAAGAGCAGAAAAGAUUGCUCUUAGACCAAUGAGCAGAACAAAAUACUUUGAGUUUGAAAGCUUGGAAACAAAGGGGUGGAAUCUGAAAAAGUUCACUGACCCACAAGGAUGGACAAACUUUGUAUCUCUACAAGAGCAUACCUAUGAAGAUUUGGUUAGAGAAUUCUACACCAACUUGUCUGUGAAGCAGAAGAAGAAUGAAAAUGAGAACUAUCUCAUCUCUUCUGUCAAGGGUGUUCAAAUCACAAUCACUCAAGAUUUCCUCUCUGAAGCUUUGAAUAUUCCCAAUGAAGGUAACAAGCUGUUUUCAUUUUUAUGGUAUAAUGAUGCAAGAGUUGACCGUAAUCAACUCAUAAUCAAAUACACCAAAGAAAACAACACCUUCAACUCCACAAAUCUAGAAGAUGUCCCAAAAAUACUUCACAACAUGGUCAGACACACUCUAGUGCCAAAGUGUGGCUCUUUUGAUGUUGUCUCUGACAUGGACCUAUGCAUAAUCUAUCACCUCAUCACCAAAACAAAACUAAACCUCUGGUUUCUUAUCAUCCAACAUAUGAUAGACUCAUGUCUGGCCGUCAAACAAUCAGUUGCUGGUUUGCCUUAUGGAAUGCACCUAACUUCCAUCUUUCAGAAGGCAAAUAUACCAUUUGAGGGUGAGAAACGUAAGCUUGAUUUCAUGAAGUUCACAUCUAAAACUCUAGGUCAACUACGCAUCACCACCUCAAACAUGCCUACCUUCACAACUUCUGGAAUUUCUGGAUCUGCUAAGAGACUUUCCAAUCAGAAUGUUCAGAAAACAAGGAAGAAAAGAAAGGAGAUUGUUCAAGAAGGAAGCUUUCAGUACAAAGCCCUGCUUCGAGAAGAUGAUGCUCAAAAGGUUGAUGAUGCAUCUAGUCAAGAAGAAGCUGAGAUUGCUAAGGAGGCCACUAAGGUUCAUGAAGUGAAACCUCAAGCUGCUAAAGAAAACUCUUUUGAUCAGGAUAAGAGAGUUGAAGAAAAUACUGAGUUUGAUGCUCAGAAUGUUGAUGAUGACACUCAAGAGAUGGCUGAAUUCUUGGUUUCAAAUAUGAGUAUUGAAGAAGCAGUUCAAGAAGAACAAAUGGAUUUCUCAACAAGGUUUGAUCUGAAUGUUGAAGACAUCAACACUGACUUCAAUGAAGUGUUUCUAGAAGACAAAGAAACAGCUCAAAUUGUUCAGGAAACAUCUGCAACACAGAAUGUUGAAGCCAAUGGAGCUCAGGACGUUGAAAUGUCUGCAGCCCAGAAUGUUGAAGAUGUUCAAGUCAUGGCUAAUCAAGAUAAUCAAGAGCUUAAUGAUCAACACGCUUCAAAUGAACCCUUCCAAGAUGAACAACUGUCAGCAGAUCCACCGCCUCUGGCCUCAGGAUCUUUGCCCUCAAUAGAGGUACAAUACAUGGUUUAG